UCCGCAGCCAAUCGGAUCAACUCCGCGAGGGGCUUCUUUCUUUUUUCUUCUUCUUUUUUUUUGAAUGGGAGGAGGGAUGGUCGAUGCCCGCGACGCGGAAUCGACCCGUCGGUUUUUGAGGAUCUCACUCGGACGACAGGGCACAAGCGCGGUGACUGGCCGGUCGUGGCAGAGAUUAAGCGAGAGAGAACUCCGUGUCUUUUAAAAUUUGCAUUUCAUUGAAGUGUUUUGCUUUGGACCCGCAGAUUACAGACAACCCCAGUGAAGGGGUGACCCAACCAAGCUGGCGACGGCAUUGAAGUUUCUCUUCACUAUAUUUUGGGAGUGAAUUGGUGAAAGGAGAGAGAGAGAAAAAAAAGAGGGUGAAAAGGGGGGAGAUCUCGCACCCUGGCUUCCCCAUCGUGAAGGAAAGAGAGAAGAAAACCCAUCACAUCGGUUUAUUCUCCGGCAACUGCUGCUAUUGGCCAUGAAGAGAAAACAGAAAAGGUUUCUGCAAAUGACAUUGUUGUUUGCAGUGACUCUGAUUUUCCUGCCCAAUAUUGGACUCUGGUCUCUGUACAGGGAGAAGCACCUGGUAAAGUCGGCCAUUCUGGGAGAGCAGCAGGCCUUCCCAAUGGGGAUUGGAGACGGACAGCUGUAUCCCUGGACAGAUGGCUUGAAAAGAAAGGACUGGCAUGACUAUGAAAGUAUACAAAAAGAUGCCAUGCGUUCAGGGAAAGGUGAACAAGGAAAGCCAUACCCACUCACAGAAGAAGACCAUGAUGAUUCUGCUUAUCGAGAAAACGGUUUCAAUAUUUUUGUGAGCAACAACAUAGCCUUGGAGCGAUCACUGCCAGACAUUCGACAUCCAAACUGUAAGCACAAAGUAUAUUUGGAGAAGCUUCCGAACACUAGUAUAAUUAUCCCAUUUCACAAUGAAGGUUGGACUUCACUCUUGAGGACCAUACACAGCAUUAUCAACAGGACUCCCAAUAGCUUGAUAGCAGAAAUCAUUCUUGUGGAUGACUUCAGCGACAGAGAACACUUGAAAGAGAAGCUGGAAGAAUACAUGGCUCGUUUUGUAAAAGUGAGAAUUGUGCGCACGAAGAAGCGAGAGGGCCUUAUUCGCACCAGGUUACUUGGAGCCUCAAUAGCUAAAGGAGAAGUCUUGACCUUCCUGGACUCCCAUUGUGAAGUCAAUGUGAACUGGCUGCCUCCUUUGCUCAACCAGAUUGCACUAAACCAUAAAACCAUUGUGUGUCCCAUGAUCGAUGUCAUUGACCACAAUCACUUUGGAUACGAGGCACAAGCGGGGGAUGCCAUGCGUGGCGCCUUUGACUGGGAGAUGUACUACAAAAGAAUACCAAUUCCACCUGAGCUCCAAAGGACGGAUCCCAGCGACCCCUUUGAAUCCCCUGUUAUGGCUGGAGGCCUGUUUGCUGUUAACAGAAAGUGGUUUUGGGAACUCGGUGGCUACGAUCCAGGUUUAGAAAUCUGGGGAGGGGAGCAGUAUGAAAUUUCCUUCAAGGUCUGGAUGUGUGGAGGUGGCAUGUUUGAUGUUCCAUGUUCUAGAGUUGGGCAUAUCUACAGGAAAUAUGUUCCAUACAAAGUCCCAUCAGGCACGAGCCUAGCAAGAAACCUGAAGCGUGUGGCAGAAACAUGGAUGGAUGAGUUUGCAGAGUACGUUUACCAGAGACGGCCUGAAUACCGGCACCUUUCCACCGGUGACCUCUCAGCCCAGAAGGAGCUUCGCAAACACCUUAAGUGCAAGGACUUCAAGUGGUUCAUGGCUGCAGUGGCCUGGGAUGUCCCUAAAUAUUUCCCUCCUGUGGAGCCCCCACCUGCUUCAUGGGGAGAGAUCCGGAAUGUGGCAGCCAACCUCUGUGUGGACAGCAAGCAUGGAGGGACAGGCACUGAGCUAAGGCUGGACAUAUGCGUGAAGGAUGGCUCAGAACGGACGUGGUCCCAUGAGCAGCUCUUCACCUUUGGUUGGAGAGAAGACAUCCGCCCAGGAGAGCCUCUACACACCAGAAAAUUCUGCUUUGAUGCUAUUUCACAUAGUAGCCCUGUCACACUUUAUGACUGCCAUGGUAUGAAGGGCAAUCAACACUGGAGCUAUCGGAAGGACAAAACUUUGUUCCAUCCGGUGAGCAGCAGCUGCGUCGACUGCAACCCAGCAGAAAAGAAGAUUUUCAUGAACAGAUGCGAUCCUUUAUCAGAAACCCAACAGUGGAUUUUUGAGCAUAUUAAUAUGACUGUUUUAGAAAAAUUUAACAGCAAAAAAACCAGUUCUUAGGAAGACGAACACAAACUGUUCUGUACAGAUUGCAAACAACGUUUUGGCCAGCGUCUGCGUCAAAGGAGUCAGAAAUUAAGUUUUCUAGAGCCAGGAAAUCUGUUCUGAAGAUUAAAUAAAUGCCAGGGCAGAAGCCAACUGGGCCGUCAAUGCUGAUGGACAAUAUCUGAAGGACUUGGCUAAGAACCUCACCAGCUGCUGCUGAGGUCUCUGUCUGACAAAUUCCCUUGCUGGUCAAGGGAAAAACUUUAGUUAAAAAAAAAUGAAAGAAAGAAAUGUCUCAAAACACUCCAUGUUAAUAAAGUUCAAGAGUUUUAGCAUUUCUCAGGUCAAACCCUGCUAUAGUGAGUAGCUAUGAAUAGUUGCUGUUACUUAUGGGGAUGUAUGGAGUGCAUGAGCGCUAUGGGAAUUGUCAGGUGCCGUGGGCAUAGAGCUGGCAAUCUGUAUGGGAUGCUGCCGGAGUCCCAGGAUUGGGAACAGAAGGGGAUGUUCUACCGCCAUUUCAUGCCCGUGAUGAAAGUCAGGUUCAAGAGGGUUGUUUGAUUAAGGGGCCAUAGCAGACAAUGUUAACAACCUCCCUACUACAUUCCUUUCACUGUUGAAACAAGAAUGGCUAAAAAACCAUGUAAGCGUAAUUUUAGAGUUGCAUUUUGAAUGAAGCAUGAAAAUGACUGUAAGGUGUCCAGCUACCAUUUCUUUUCUCCAGCUGAAGAAAUAAUAAUUUCCAUCAAAGCAGUUAAAUGUUAAUUUCCAUCCAUUUUAAAGUGUU